AUGACAGACGUCGUGAGCGAUCUCAAGAAGCAGAGCGCUGCGCUGCAAUCAAGCGUCAACAGCGUAUCUAAAACAGCAAGCAGUACGCCGGCAACAAAGAAGAUAGCCACGUCAACUCCAGCCAAGGCCAUGCGAUCUGCUGCAUCGAAAACAACACCCAUCCCUUCCGCGAAGCAAGCCCCAAGCUCAGUAAUCGGCACCGCUGAUACGGUUACCACACCAGUCAAAAAAGCUCCAAGGAAGCUCAAUGCCGCUGGAACGACGCCAGCAGCUGUGACUGGUGCCGUAACUGGAGCUGCGCCAGCUGCUAAGGCGAGGACACCGCUAGGUACCCAGAAGAAGCUCCCCGUCAGGAAAACUCCUGCAGCAACUACAGAGACAAAACCUGCUGCCACAACCGCAACACCGUCGAAGACUGCCGCCACACCUGUCAAGAAAACUCCAGCCACCUCCACAGGAAAGACACCAGUCAGCAGCGUCUCCAAGCCUACAACCACGGCCGGAACCGCUACCACCAAGAAGACCACGUCCGCAGCGUCCAAGCCUGCCAGCGCAGUGAAGACUGGUACAGGGCCUACACCUGUCAAGACUACGGCGAACCCACCCAAGUCUACGGCGAACCCAGCCACCAACUCUACUUCGACGCCAGCGAAGGCUACCCCGGUGAAGAAGAAUAUCGAUGGCCAAGCUGUCCCCGCCCCUGCGAAGAAGAACAUUGUAUCUCGCGGUGCAGGCGCUGCAUCGAGCGGCGUCAACACCACCAUCGGCGCUACGACAGGUAUUGUCAACACGAUCGGCGACUCUGCAACAUCUGGUAUCAGUUCUGGCGUCAACGCUACGACCGGUGUUGUAGGCAACGGACUCGACAGGCUGCCUGGCGGCGUCGGUAAGCCUGUCAAGCAUGUGACAGACAACGUCGGCAAGACUGCAACGGGCGCAACAGACAAUCUUUAUUACGCCGCUGGCGCAGCCACAAAGGGCGUCCAAGGCACUGUCUCGAAGACAACUGGUGCGCUGAGCAAAGGUGAUGUGCGAGGUACCCUUGCCGGCGCUACUAGUGGAGUUGGAAAUACCGUCAAGGGCGCUGGAAAGGGGCUGGGCACCACCGUCGGUGAUGGGCUUGGUGGUGUAGGCAAGACUGUCGGCGGACCUGUUGGGGGUGUCGUCGGUAACGUGGGCAAAGGCGCUUCUAACGCCGUCUCAGGCAUCACUGGCGGCCUGGGCGACGGCGUGGGUAAGCUGGGCAAGGGCGAUGUUAUCGGUGGUGUUGGCUCAACACUCGGUGGUGUAGGGAAGGGCGUUGGUGGACUGCUGUCCGGUGUUACUGGAUACGGGCAGAAUGAUGGUGAGAAAAUCAACGCGCCUGAGGGAAAGAAGGAGGGUCAGUUCUUCUGA